AUGCUCGCUGCGGGUUUCUUUGCUGCUGCUGCUGCUGCUAAGCAGCAGCAGCAGCAGCAGCAGCAGCAGCAGAGCAUCAUCAAUACGGGAGAAAGACAAGAAGCAGCAGCUGCAGCAGCUGCAGCAGCAGACAAACAAAUACAAAAAAAACAACGCAUGCACUUUGCUGCAGGUGUUGCGGUGCAGCUGGCUGCUCUUUUGGGGCUUUUUAUCGUCAUGGGGUCGCUGCUGCAUGCACGGCAGCCGCAUGCAGACGAGCAGCAGCAGCAGCAGCAGCAGGAGCAGCAGCAGCAGGAGCAGCAGCAGCAGCAAGUGUUGGCUGCCCUGAGGUCUCCAGAUGCUACCGCUGCUGAGCCUCCCCCCCCCGUGUCUCUGCAGCAGCAAAACCAGCUUCGUGCUGCUGCCUGCAGCAACAUAAGACGCAGCAUCAGCAGCAGCAGCAGCAGCAGCAGCAGCAGCAGCAGCAGCAGCAGCAACAGUUAUCCUUUGUCUUCUGUCUGCUUCAGCCGCCACAUCUCUCUAGCUGCCCCCAAGGAGGAAGCAGCAGCUCUCCGCAGCCUGCGAGCAGCACCAAACCCAGCAGCAGCAGCAGCAGCAGCAAAAGAAAAAGCAGCAGCAGCAGCAGCAGCAGCAGCAGCAAGACACUCGCUGCUGAUGGAAGAGCAGCAACCCGUGGGGGCCCCCAGCCUUCCGGCCUGGGCCCCUGCAGAAGCAGACACACAGCAGCAGCAGCAGCAGCAGCGCAGCAGCAACCGCAGCAGCAGCCACCCUAGCAGCAAGCUCAGCAGCAGCAAGCGCAGCAGCAGCAACCGCAGCAGCAGCAGACGCAGCAGCUGCACAGUCAAGGCUCCCCAACGUCGUCGCCGCAGCAGCAAAGUAGCAGCAGCAACUGCUGCUGCAGCAGCAAGAACAGCAGCAGCUGCAGCAGCAAAUAGCAGCAAUCUGCAGCAAGCAGACCUCACAUUUACAGAGCAGCAGCCAGAGGCAGCAGCUGCCAUUGAACUGCAGCAACCCGCAGCACCCGAGGCAGCAGCAGCAGCAGAAGCAGCAGCAGCAGCAGCAGCAGCAGCAACACCGCCGAGGCAGUCAACCAACCCCUUCGAUGAGGACCUAACGGACCCCUCCCCCUCUCCUCCUGCUGAGACACAGGAGACAGAGGCAGCAGCAGCAGCAGCAGCAGCAGCAACAGCAGCAGCAGCAGCAGAGGAGAAUGCAGAAGCGGCUCUGCUGCGUACUCUGUGUGGGCUGCUGCAGCGGCUGCAGCGGGAGCAGCCGCUGCUGCUGGCAGCAGAAGCACCAAUAGUAACGAAGCAGCUGCAGCAGCAACCGAUGGAAGAUGUGCUGCAGCAGCUGCUGCAGCAGCAGAAGCUCAGCAGCAGCAAAGAGGAGCUGCUGGCGCUGCAGCAAAAGUUCACAGCAGCAGCAGAUGGCUCCACACCCAGGUCGAUGUUUGCUGCCUUUCUCAGCUUUCUCAGGGGGGCGGAGAAGCAGCAGCUGCAGCAGCAGCAGCAGCAGCAGCAGCAGCAGCAACAGCAGCAGCAGCAGCAGCUGCUGCAGCAGCAAGAAGAGGAGCGACUGCUGCAAGAGGUCGAGACUCAGCAUUUGAAAGAGCAGCAGCAGCAGCAGCUGGAGCUUGAGCAGCAGCAACAACUGCAGCAGCAAGAGCAGCAACAACUGCAGCACGAAGAGCAGCAGCAACUGCAGCAGAGAGAGCAGCAGCAGCUACAGCAAGAGGAGCAGCAGCAACUGCAGCAGCAACUGCAGCAGCAAGAACAGCAGCAACUGCAGCACGAAGAGCAGUUGCAGCUGCAGCAGGAAGAGGAGGAGAAACUGCAGCAGCAAGAGCAACAGCAACUGCAGCAAGAAGAGCAGCGGCAGCUGCAGCAGCAGAAGCAACAGCAACUGCAGCAGCAGCUGCAGCAGGAGGAGCAGCAGCAGCUCCAGCAGGAGGAGCAGCAGCAACUCCAGCAGGAGGAGCAGCAGCAACAGCAGCACGAAGAGCAGCAGGAGGCGCAGCAGCAACUGCAGCAGGAGUGGGAGGAGCAGCAAAUGCAACAGGAAGAGCAGAGGCAACUGCAGCAGGAUUGCGAGCAGCAGCAGCAGCAGCAGCAGCAGGAGCAGCAGGACGAGCAGCAGCAGCAGCAAGUGCAGCAGCAAGAUCAGCUGGAGCAGCAAGAGGAGCAGAAUGCAUGUGAAGAGGAGGAACAGAAACAGCAGCAGCAGCAGCAGCAACAGCAACAGCAGCAGGAAGAAGCACCAGCAGCAACAGCUGCUGCAGCUGCUGGCUCCGAUGACGAUGCUGUCGUCCCCUCCAGCGCCAUAGAGCCAGCAGCAGCAGCAGCAGCAGCAGCAGCAGCAGCAGCAGCAGGAGCAGCAGCAGGAGUUGUGUCUAUCAAGCGCUGUGAGUCUAGAGGAGAGUCUGCUGCCUGUAUUGAUGCAGCAGAAGCAGCAGACACUGCAACAGCAGCAGCAGCAGCAACAACAGCAGCAGCAGCAGCAACAACAGCAGCAGCAGCAGCAGCAGCUACUGCUGCUGCUGCUGCAUCAGAGCUGGGGCCCUGCAUGCUUGGGUUGAGCUCGGAAGGGGUCCCCCAGUCCCCGAAACCUGCUGCUGCAGCAGCACCAGCAGCAGCAGCAACAGCAGCAACAGCAGCAGCAGCAGCAGCAGCAGCAGCAGCAGCAGCUGACGGCAUCUGUCCGUCUGUGCUGCAGCAGCAAGAGUCACACGAACAUUUAGUUUCUUACAACAGCAGAGGGUCCUUGGGGGGCCCCCUGGGGGCCCCCCUGAUAGGAGAAGACGAAGCAGAGGAGAUACAGGAAAGGCUGCUGCAGGAGGUGGCGCAGCAGCAACGCUCUGUUGGUGCUGCUUGGGGCUGCAGCAACAGCAGCAGCAGCAGCAGCAGCAGCAGCAGCAGCAGCAGCAGCAGCAGCAACGUGGUGCUGCUUCCUUGUGGAGGAGGGGUCGGUGGGGGGGUGUUGCUGUCCGAGGGACCCAAGAGAGCAGCAGCAGCAACAGCAGCAACAGCAGCAGCAGCAGCAGCAGCAGCAGCCGAAGCAGCAGCAGAAGCAACAGCAGCAGCAGGCGAUGCAGCUUUAUCUGAGGGUGAGGCUGAGGCUGUCUUUUCUGUUUUUUUAAAUAGAAGGAGACAAAAGAGACAAAAACAACAAAACAGAAGUGCAUCUGUCUCUCCUGUCUCCUCUUCUCUUCUUGCUGCUGCAGCAGCAGCAGACUUCCUCUCUCAUUCUCUCCCUGCUGCUGCUGCUUCUCACCCCCACCCCAACCCCCAGCAGCAGCAGCAGCAGCAGCAGCAGCAGCAGCAGCAGCAGCAGCAGCAGCAGCAGCAGCAGCAGCAGUCAAUAGAAGAGGUGUUUUCUCCUCUGCCGCUACCCCUAUACGAGCCCCUAGACAGUAGGUACAGCUCUGGGGGCCCCUACUCAUCAGGGGGGCCCCCCUCUCCCCGGGGGCCCCCCUCCAGCGGGGGCCCCUCGGGCCAGUCAACUCGUGCUUCUGCUGAGAGCAGCAUUGGUGCUGCUGAGGGGCCCCUUCUUAUUGAGCAGCAGCAGCUGCUGCAGCAGGAGCUGCAGCAGCAGCACAUGCAGCAGCAGCAUAUGCAGCAGCAGCAGCAGCAGCAGCAACUACUACGACGCCGUCAGAGCCGCGACCUAGCAGCAGAAAGCGUAGGCCUCGUCGAUGCUGCAGCAACCCAGCCCCUCCCCUUCUACACUCUCAGAUCAGAGCCGCGACCUGCUGCUGCUGAGGUAGAGACUGUGCCCUUUCUGAGGCCGCAGCGCACAGCAGCAGCAACAGCAGCAGCAGCAGCAGCAGCAGCACAAGAAAGCAGAAACCUGCGGCUGCAGCAGCGGCCCCAGCACAGAGACCAAGAAACACAGGCCCUCGUGGGGGGCUGGGGUGUACCGACAUCGCGCGAGGAGCGGCGAAGGGGCCGCCAGCUGCGGGAGAGGUUCAACCAGCUUACUGCCAUUGAGAAACAGCAGCAGCAGCAGCAGCAGCAGCAGCAGCAGCAGCAGCAGAUGCUGCUGCUGCAGCAGCAGCGAGAAAAGUCUGGCAGUCGACGACAUCGAACCAGCAGCAGAAGCACGAGAAGUCCGCGCCGCCACAGAGACCAGCAGCAGCAGCAGCAGCAGCAGGAGCAGCAGCAACAGCAGCAGCAGCAGCAGCAGCAGCAGCAGCACCUGCGUGCUGGGUCACGGGUGUCGAUGGGGCCAUCGCAGCAGCCAGUGUUGCAGCAGCACGGCAGCAGCAGCAGCGCGGACGGCUUUCAGCAGCAGCAGCGGCUGCUGCUGCAGCAGCAACUGGGAGAGGAGCUGCAGCAACAACAGCAGCUGAGGCAACAAAUGGAGGAGCAGCUGCUGCAGCACCAACAGCAGCAGCAGCAGCAGCAGCAGCAGCAGCAGCAAAUGAUAGACGAGCAGCUAGCUGAGGCCGAGCUGCAGCGGCUGAUUGACGACCACUGGGAGGGGGCCAGGAGGCAGCAGCAGCGGCAGCAGCAACUCGAGCUGCUGCAGCAGCAGCAGCAGCAAUUCCUCUACGAAUGCCGUAGGGAAAGAGAAAAGAAACGCAGCAGCAGCACCAACGGCAGCAGCAGCAGCAGCAGCAGCAGCAGCAGCAGCCAGGCCUUGCCUGUCCUCUCUCUCCUGCAGCAGCAGCCAUCCCCAUCAUCAGCAGCAGCAGCAGAAGCAGCAUCAGUAGAAACAGCAGCAGAACCAGCAGCAGCAGCAGCAGCAGCAGACCGGCAGCACAGCCACUUGCUGUACCCCUCGCGUGACGGUGCAGCAGCAGCAACAGCAGCAGCAGCAGCAGCAACUGCUGCUGCUGCAGAGAGGCGCAGCAAACACAGGAGGAGCUGGAGUGUAUUCACAGCUGCUGCAGACUCUGAGCCAGCAGACAUAGACCCCGACCGGCUGCAUGCAGUAACAGCAGCAGCAGCAGCAGCAGCAGCAGGAGCAGCAGCUCCUGAAGCAGCAGCAGCAGCAGCAAGGAGACAAGACAGCGGCGAUGUCUUCUGCAGCGAAGAAAUAAACCUUUUGGGGCUUUCUGCUGCAUGCGCAGACAAAAACAAAUUCAGUGGAGUGCAGCAGCAGCAGCAGCAGCAGCAGCAGCAGCAGCAUCACCUGCAGCCGACGUUCCUUCCUGUCUCCGACCCACCUGCAACACCAGCAACACCAGCAGCAGCAGCAGCAGCAGCAGCAGCAGCAGCAGCAGCAGCAGGAGAGCAGAAGGGAAAGACAGCAGAUGUUGGCGUUGCUACUGAUAUUUCUGUUGAGUCGCCGCUGCUGGAUGUCUUCGGCUUAGAGGAGAGAGAAGCAGCAGACAGCAGCGACGACGAGCCUCAGCAGCAGCAGCAGCAGCAGCAGCAGCAGCAGCAGCAGGGACAGCAGGAGCAGGAGAGGGAGCGGCGGAGGAGGAGACGGCGUGAAAGAGCAGGAGCAGCAGCAGCAGCAGCAGCAGCAGAAGCAGCAGCAGGGCCCCAGGAGGAUUCAGGGGUAUUUGGGUUGCCUUCAGAGGUGCAGCAGCAGCAGCAGCAAUGGGAGGAUGAAGCAGCUGCAGCAGCAGAGGCUAGACAGCAUAUCAGCAAUGGGAGGAUGAAGCAGCUGCAGCAGCAGAGGCUAGACAGCAUAUUGCCAGCAGCAGCAAUGGGAGGAUGA